GGUCUUUCUCCUUUACCGCAACCUGCCACACAGCCUUACAUCAGCUUACCGACAUCUUACACAGCUUAUUAUACUCAGUUACAGACAGUUCCACGUCCUGAGCUGGAUUUUUACAACACUGAUACUUCUGUAUAAUCAGAGCAACCUGCACAAACUUGUGCGCUUUUGUAAAAGAUGCGCAAAAUUCCGCUUCAGCGCGCAAACUUUACUUAAUCCUUCUGGCGCAUCUGGAAAGAAGACUAACACAGUGAGAAGAAAAACAAAGAUGUUUCCCUUGCCGAUGUUUACCGCGGAUCAGGUGGCUCGGGUGUGUGAGAACUUGGAGGAAACCGGGGACAUGGAGCGACUGGGCCGCUUUCUGUGGUCACUUCCGGCGGCGGCCCCCGGUUCCGCAGGCGAGGCGCUCCACCGGCACGAGUCGGUGAUGCGCGCGCGGGCUCUGGUCGCCUUUCACGGCGGUGAUUUCGAGGCGCUUUACCGCAUCCUGCAAAACCACCGGUUCACGCGGGAAUCCCACGCCAAGCUGCAGGACCUGUGGCUGCACGCGCAUUACCGGGAGGCGGAGCGCAUGCGCGGCAGGCCACUGGGCCCCGUGGAGAAGUACCGCAUCCGCAAGAAGUUCCCGCUGCCCCGCACUAUCUGGGACGGCGAGCAGAAAACGCACUGUUUCAAGGAAAGGACACGGAGUUUGCUUAGAGAAUGGUACCUACAAGACCCGUAUCCGAACCCAUCUCGCAAGCGGCACCUGGCCCAGGCUACAGGUCUCACCCCCACACAAGUUGGAAACUGGUUCAAGAACAGACGCCAGAGAGACAGAGCAGCAUCAGCCAAAAACAGACUACAACAAGACCCUGCUCUUCUCCCCUCUGGCAGCUCUUCAGAAUGUUCUUCCACAGAUCACAGUGGCAGCCCAGAGAACAGCGACUACAGCUUGGGUUCAGGACCUCGGCACCCCAGAGCCUCUACACCCGACAUAUCAGUCAGCAGCGACAGUGAGUUUGAGUCCUGAGUCUUGGUUUGGACCCAUAACCAACACCAACAAACACCCAGAUUCCUACUAAGCCACAGAAGCUUGCAGAGACAUGCAGACAGAGACGUGAGGUAAAGAUCGGCUUCAACACCACUGAGACUCCCUCACUCUGGAAGAUAUGGAGAGUGAAUUGGAGUAAAUACAGUGAAAAUCUGAAGAGCAUGUGGACUGGAUCUGAGACUGUAAGGGGCUUUGGUUAAUGUAUAUACCUGCACUUAAAAGGACACUUAAAAUUUGAUUGGUUGUUGCCAAAUAAAAUAAACUUUUUCCACAUUUGUAACAAUAGGCACAAAGUUACCUGAAAUUGUACAGCUGGGAUUACCAGGAAAGUUCAGAAAAUUGAUUCAGGCAAUGCCAAAACUGUUAUUUCUACCCUGUAUAAUGAAUUAAAAUAAAUGUAAAUGAAUAAAUAAA